UUAAGAGCCUUUUAAAUGUCACGGACGACCGGAAGUGGUCUCAAAUUUAAACAGCCUUCACAGCAACAAUACGCGCGGACUUUCACUUCACGAGCUCUGUAGUGAAUCCGUAAUUUAAGAAAAAUAAGCUAAACUUUUACGGAGGAUUUCUUUAAGUCCAGGCUUACGGCAACAGCAUGGAAGAAGAAAUAAGAACGGCUGAGACAGGACAAGGAGAUGUGGAAAGCAAUGAAGAAGAGUCCAGUGCAGAAAUGUCCAACAACAGUCCAACUAAAAGAGGAAGGGGAAGGCCCAAAGGUUCAAAGAAGUUGAAGGUUGGUGUUACAGACCUAAUGGAGCUGGUUUCAGGCCUUUCUAACGGCCGGUCCACACAGCCCCAGAGGGGAAGAGGGCGUCCAAAACUCACGAAACCCUCAGAGCAGCCAGGAUCAGGAGAUGACCUUGCUGAUGAUUCUGUGCAAACUCCAGGGUCCAAGGAACAGGCCAGUAACGAAGACAGUCUUACAACAGAACAAUCUCCUAAAAAAAGAGGCCGGCCACGUAAGUCUCUCAGCAAUAGCAGCCCUGAAAAGGCUGACGCUAAAGAUUCACUGAAAGGUGGCUCUAAUACACCAAAAGCAAAAAGGGGUCGUCCAAAAGGAACCACUAAGCGCAAGGCAGAAAGUUUAACAAGGCCGAAACGAAGAGGCUCUCCAAAUAAGAAACCCAGGCUGGAGUCAGAGGAGGAGGAGGAGGAAGAGGAGGAGGAGGAGGAGGAAGAGGAAGAGGAAGCUGUUUCAAGCCCAAACUCACAGGUGAGGAGGAGAGGUCGGCCAAGGAAGGUGGAGGGGAGACGGAAGACGUCAAAUGGCAUCUCAAAGAAGUCUCAUAGAGGGAGGGGAAGGCCAAAAAAGGUUAUUGAACCGGAGAGCGAUGAUGAUGAUGAUGAUGAUGAUGAUGAUGAAGAAGAACAACAACAACAACAACAACCAGCUAAGAGGGGAAGAGGUCGUCCUAAAGGCUCUUUAAACAAGAAACCCCCUGCAUAUAAGGUGCAAGCUAAGGUGAGCCGGACCAGAAGAAGGAAGCGUGGUCGUCCAAGUAAACAACCAGCCAAAAGGGGAAGACCAAGGAAACACCCUCUGCCGUCAGCUGAGGAGCUGAAAAGGCCAAAAGUAUGGAAGCCGCUGGGAAGGCCGAGGAAAUACCCACGUGCUGACCCUCCUGAGGAGUCUGCAGCAGCCUCUCCCAAAAGCCGCGGCCGGCCUCGCAAGACAGAAUCUAAGAAAGGCGCUCACUUGCGCAAGAAUUUUCCUGCCUCUUCAUCCUCCCCACCUAACCCCAAUGUUGGAUCACCGCGAAAGAGAGGCCGUCCCCCAAAAAGUGAUGCUGGCAUGCCGCGGAAAUUGGGCCGCCCUAAAGGUUCACUCAACAAAAAUAAAGCCAGAGGUGAAACGCAGCUCGACAGCGAGUCAAAAGCAAAGAGUGAUUCAUCUCCUCUUGGGGUGGAAAAUGAAGAGGAGACGGUAGAAGAGGAGGUGGAGCACGACUCGGAGACGUCCAUUGAACAUGACGCAGAGACGUCCAUCCAACACGACGCACUGACGUCCAUUGAGCACGGAGACUUUACUGAAGAAUCGGCCAUGGGUCAGGAUGCCAGCUUUGAAGUUAGUAACCAGGCUUGAUGAAACAUCCCGGUCCGACCGAAAAGUUGCCGUAGUAGUUGCUGUAGAAUACAACUUUGUCAAUGAAAACUCAUGUUUUUAACAUUCUGUCAGUCGGUUUGGCUAGAUAUUCAGCAGCUUUGUGUUUUAUCAGUGUUUCCCCUACCAUUGUCUUGGAGGGGCGCUGCGCCCCGCCAACGGAGCCCCGCGCCCCGUCUGAAAUUCAAGGUGUCUUUUUUUUUCUUUCGAAUUUUACAUUUUUUAUUCACAACUCACUUUUCACAUUGACAGAUGCUUUUUAAUUAAAUAAACUAAACGCUUAUGUUAUUGAUCUAAUGUUUUUGCACUUUUCAGUUAUGCUUUGCGCAUUCACAUUCUCGUGCCGUUUCUCAAAGGGCGGGGCUUCGCAGCUGACACACACACCUACAGAGAGAGCGGAGGAAAGGAGAGGAACUCAAUAAUAGAAUCCGCGCCACGCACCCCCCCAAAGCAGUAAACCUAGGGGAAACACUGUUUAUGACUAACGUGUCCAUAUUGUUUUUGAUUUAAUGCUGUCAUCUAAGUAAGCAGUAGUUCGAAUAAUGUUUUACUGGAACUGUCAUGUCGAGUUUAUUAUAGACUGAUUUUUUUCUAGUUUCAUUUAGAGUUCAGAUGUACUGUUUGUCAGUUUAACUGUAAACCAGUUGCUAUGGAAUGACUGAUUAAAAAGUCCAAACAGAUGUUGGAAAACAUUAAGAACAGUGAAACUAUAGAGAGCAGAAGUCAUGACGUGAAUUGUGUAUUUUAGGACAAACUGACAUGAAUACACAGAAAUUUAACAUUCUGUGACAAUGUAAACGAUUUUGCCAACUCAUUUCCAGUCUUGAUCUAUAUUUGGAAUUAUAACGAGAUAACUUGACUCAGACGCAUGAUCUAUUUUUAUUUUUGUAUCUUUUUUUGGGGGACACAAAGAAAGUGGUCAGUGGUAACAUGAACCUACAGAAGAUCAUCGCCUGACUGCAGCUCCUCCCAGUUUAACAGAGUUUUUCAGUGAGUUUCAGCUCAUUGUUUUGCUAAACCUGGAAGUCACUUUGGCUCUAUUGAGAAUCUGUGAGGAGAGUUUGAGGGCUCGGAGAUAAAAUGUCUAAAUAAUGUAAUAAAUUCCUCAAUGCCAUGUCACAGUUUAUUUGCCUUAAUUGCCAAAGCUUUGAAUGUACCAUCCGUUACAGUUACUUAGAUCAAUAUGUUUUCCUGCACAGAGCCUCUUAACUUUUUUACUGCAUUCCUCAUCAGGACGAAAAGCUCUAUCAAAUGCCUUCCCGCCUCUCACAGUUACUUAUUUAGUUUCAGCCUUUGCUAUAGUUAGUUCACUCUUUUCUCUAAAUGUUUACGUGUUGCUGAGAAGCCUUUUCCUUUGUGUUUUUAUAACUGUCAUGAGAAUACAUUUAUCUGACUGGAUUGAUUUCACAAACAUUAAUGAACUUGUCUUUUUUGGCACCUUGUGUAAAGUUGUGUGACAUGACUUGUUAAUAAUACUUUUUAGGGUUGGUUCAAACAUUUAAAUUUCUAAAUGCCAAAUAGUUUUUUGAUGUGUGAAGUUAGCAAAAUUGUAUCAGAAGUCAAAUAAUUUAAAGUGAGAUAUUUGAAUCUUGUGUGUUUUGAACAAGAAGUCAAUAAUUUGUGAGAUUUUGCUCUUAAAAUAAAACCUUGAUCUUGCCGUUUUA